AUAAAGGGCCCCCGGUGUCCCCGCUGCCACUGUCCCCGCUGCCACUGUCCCCACUGCCACUGUCACCGCUGCCACCACCAUGACUUUUGUCCCCGCGCCCGGGUACAUGCCCGCCUACAACCCGCCCCUGCCCUACGUGGCCCCGUGUUCGGGGGGCUCUGGCCCGGGAUGGCCGUUUACGUGCAGGGGGUGGUGAAACCCCAACCUGACCGGUUCCGCAUCAACCUGGCCACGGGCCCCUCGGAGGCGGCGGACGUGGCGCUGCACCUGAACCCACGCUUCAGCGGGGAUGUCGCGGUGCUCAACAGCCGCCGGGGCGGGUGCUGGGGGGACGAGCAGCGCCGGGAGCUGCACCCGCUCUGCCCGGGGGGGCCCUUCGAGAUCGUCAUCAGCGUCACCCCCGAGGGCUACCGGAUCCUGGUGAACGGGACCUUCUUCGACGAGUUCCCGCACCGGCUGCCCCCGGAGCAGGUGGCAGCCGUGACCGUGGACGGGACCUGGAGCUGCACUCGGCCUCGGUCAUGGGCGCGGGCACGUGUCCCCCAUGUGUCCCGGGUCCCCAAGGUGGGGCUGGGGGGUCCCCAAGUGGGUUUGGGGGGUCCCCAGGACAUGCCGCAGAUCACCCCCAUUUACCCCAACUGUAACCUGCCGGUGAUGGGGCAGCCCCCCACCUUCCACCCGACCGGCUGCCCUUCAUCGCCACCAUCCCGGGGGGCUCUUCCCCAAGAAAACCAUCGUCAUCAUGGGCUUCAUCCGCAUGAUGCCGGCAGGUUCCACAUCAACCUGCGCGCGGGCCCGGGGGGGGACGUGGUGCUGCACUUGAACCCCCGCAUGGACGAGGGGGGGGCCGUGGUCCGCAACGCCUUCCUAGGGGGCUGCUGGGGCGAGGAGGAGCGGGACAUCAGCUGCUGCCACCCCUUCCAGCGCGGCCGCUACUUCGACCUGUCGAUCCGCUGCGGGAACCAUCGGUUCAAGGUGUUCGCCGAGGGGCAGCCGCUCCUCGAAUUCCGCCACCGGGUCCCAUGCGGGCCCCACGUGGACGUGCUGGAGAUCGAGGGCGAUGUCGUCCUGUCCUACGUCCACUUCUGACCCACAAGUGUCCCAUAACUGCCCCAUAACUGCCCACUGACAGCCUCGCAACUGCCCUGGAGCAGCCCCGUAACUGCCCCCCACAAACUGCCCCACAACUGUCCUCUCCCAACGCUGACC